CGCUACGUAUCUAAUGAUGAAUUCUACCAAGAAGGUGCUCCGCUUUUCAUAUUUGUUGGCGGUGAAACGGAGAGUACACCCGCCCUUGUGACCGCUGGACAUUUGUACGAUCUAGCCAAGGAGCAUAAUGGUCACCUUUUCCGCACCGAACAUCGUUACUACGGUCAAAGUCGCCCGACAAACAACUUGGACAACGAAAAUAUCAAAUAUUUACAUGUGCGUCAAGCUAUAGCGGAUUUGGCCCACUUUAUUGGGGAGAUGCGUGCCACAAUAGCAGGCGCCACUGAAUCGAAGGUUAUACUCGCUGGUGGUUCCUAUUCAGCCACACUCGCGACAUGGUUCAAGAAACUGUAUCCUGAAUUGGUAACUGGUGUUUGGGCGUCGAGUGCGCCACUCCUUGCUAAAGUCAAUUUUGUGGAGUACAAAGAAAUAACCGGUCAAUCAAUUCGCCAGGUUGGCGGCGUAGCUUGCUACAACCGUAUUGAAAACGGCAUCGCCGAAAUGGAAG